UACAAAUCCAACGUUUAUUUUCUUACCCAUUCAAAAAUGAGAAAUCCGGUCACGGUUUGCACUACGGUGACAGAGUCGGAAUAUGAAAAAAUAAUGUUUUCUAAUGUGUUGGUCACAAGAAAGAGAAACAUCGUAUGGGGACGAAAUUGGAGGACUAUUGACUUUCAGUUUUUUGUUACGUUUGUUUUAGUUCAUUUACUAGCACUUUUUGCACCAUUUACAUUCGAUUGGAAUGUUUUGGUAUUUGUAUUUUUUAAAUGGGCGAUGAAUGGGAUUGGUUUAACUCUCUCUUAUCAUCGUAAUCUAGCACACCACAGUCUAAAGCUACCAAAGUGGCUUGAGUACUUGUUUGCUUAUUUUGGGGUGCUUGCAUUCCAGUGGGAUCCAAUAUCUUGGGUGAGCGUUCAUAGAUUGCACCAUAAGUAUGUAGAUUCUGAGAAAGAUACACACUCCCCCACUUUCGGUUUUUGGUAUAGUCAUGCUGGUUGGCUUUUUGAUAGUGCCUACAUAAUUGAAAAGUUUCAAGAAACUAAUAACGUAGAUGAUUUAAAGAAUCAAGUAUUUUAUAGGUUUAUUCAAAGAACCUACAUAUUGCAUCUAUUCGCACAUGUGUGCCUCAUAUACGCUUAUGGUGGAUUUUCCUAUAUUGUUUGGGUUGUGGGUGUGAUGACGACAUGGUCUUACCAUGUAACAUUUCUAGUGAACUCGGCUUGUCAUGUAUGGGGUACUCAAAAAUGGGACACCGGUGAUCUUUCCAAGAAUAAUUGGUGGGUGGCAUUACUUACUUUUGGAGAAGGAUGGCAUAACAAUCAUCAUGCAUUUGAAUAUUCAGCUCGACAUGGGUUAGAAUUUUGGCAAUUUGACCUCAGUUGGUAUAUAAUAAGGUUUCUUGAAGCACUCGGAUUAGCUACCAAUGUGAAGUUGCCAACUGAAGCUCAUAAACUAAAAAAAUCAUUCACUUCUCAUAACAAGUUCAAGUGAUCGACCGAUAAAUAUGUCAACAAUAAUGAUCAGAUCGGAUUGCUUUUACAUGCUAAUGUGUUUGUUUUUUAGUAUAAUAUCAUCAAAUAACUAUUACAACAAGAAGCUUAUAUGAAAAAUAACUUAUAAUAUCUUGUGUGAUUUUAUUUCUGCAUGUAUGGGUACAUGUUUCAAACCAUAAAGCUCUAUAUAAGUGGGAGAGGAUUAAUAAUGUUUGUAUUUCUUAUGCAAAUAAUAAAGUGUUAUAUUUAGUAGCUUAUUUUUUAAUAAACUUCGAAUUCGAAUAUGUUGAUC